AUAAAAAAAACACUACUGAUUUAACCAAAAAUUUGAAAUAUCACCUUUAUUAGUGGUCGACAGGUUGGCUGGUACUUAGUUCAGCGAGGGUCGUGGGUAAUAAGAAGUAUUGGUGAACAGUCAAAUGACCUAUUUGGACGCGUGGCAUGUGCUGGGCCCGUGUAGAGGGAAAUGAAUCAAAUGGAUGAGUAUGCAUUAUUCAAAGGAUGAUAACCAUACACUCCGCAAUGACUACUUAAAUGGAUGUUAGGAUUUAAAUUUAUUGCCUGUUCAACUACUUGUUAGGAAUAAUAGCUCAAGUGCCCUGCAUAAGGUGGGAACUCUGCAUUGCUGAAGUUAAGUCCUGUUGUACUCUAUGUCUACGUACCCCUUUUUCGUUGUGUACGUGGGGAGGCGCCCUGGAGUGUAUACAACAUGGGGAGUUACCCAUGCUCAAAUUUUCGACUUCCCCGGUGGCCGAUUCGAAGGGUUUAACAGUUUGACGGAGGCAUUGGAGGCUUUUCGCCAGUUUAUAAGAGAUAACGGAGGCCACCCCAACAUUGGCAGUGAGGAGUUUGAGAUCAAUCUGGAAAGUGGCAUUCGAUCUAGAGUUGUAGGAAGAACCAUUGAUGAGGAGGAUGUGGCCAAUGCAUACCGAAUGGGGAUGCUAAUGGGAGUGCUCCGUGCAGAGUCACAUCGUUAUGAUCGCCUCCGGGAAAGGUUUAGGGAAGAGCUCGCUGCAUCUGGCAAUCUGGGACCAUCAAACACAGGCAACGAUGUCGGGGAAGGCAGUUCUCGUCGAACUGGAGUGACAUCACCCAGUGGGGGAGAGGAGAAAAUAGGGGAAGGGGAGAGAAAGGACCCUAGUGACAAUGGUGGAGAUGAUUAGAGGUCAUUGGAGAAGUGGUACUCGGUGGCAGGCAUAGAUAGUUUGCCUAAGUUUUAGUUAACGUUAAUUAUGGGUCGAUUAGUGUAUUGUUAUAGUGGGUUUGUAAAACAAAGGAUUUCAUUCCUAUGGUUUUUUAUUUUUUAUUUUAAGAAUGACUGCAUCUUGUUUGCUAUGUAUUGCUGGAUGUUUCAAUUAAGGGGAUAUUAUUUAAAGAAGGUACUAGAGGGGUUAUAUAUGAAUUGACUUGGGGUCGAUCUACUUGAAAUGGUCA